AUGAAAUUCACAACAUUAUUAACUGUGAUUGCAACGAUCACCAUAUCGGUGGCAUUCGGAAAAGAAUGUGGAUCAAAUUUGAAGCCGGAAAAGUUGGUUGUUGUCGGGGUGUGGAAACGAGACUUUGACAACUCCACGGCGCAAUACCGUAUCUCGGAUGAAGAUUUAUCAGUAAGAGGAUACGAAAGAGCUGAACGCGAUAAAGCAAGUUCAACUGUAAUGUUGGCAAGACAUCCGGAAGGAUGUAUUAUAAAUGAAUGUGGAGUUCGUUUAUCUGCAAUGAUGCAAGUCAACGGAGCAAUUCUUCAUACGGAUAAUCGAAUGGUUAAACUGAAUGAUUCGACUAUGAAUAAUAUCGAAGAUGAAUUUUAUUGUGCUGAAAAGAGCGGAUUCUGUGGAGCAAAUGUGCCGAUUUAUCGGUUGGUGAAGCAUUCGUUGACUGGACCACAUUAUGCCUACUCCUUCGACAAUGUUGGACAAUCCCUUCCAGGCUAUGAGAAGGAAUUCUUUCCGUUGUGUUUUGCGUGGCAUCAAACUCCUUCAGUUGUUCUAUUUAAUUCAUCUGAUGACGGUGUCUGUCUAACACUUCCAGAUGCUCAAAACGCCAGAAUUCUGUAUUCGAGCAAUCAAGUGAAUGUAUUUUCAAUUGGAACAACUGCAACUCUUCAAUGUAAUCAGGGAUACGCUGGCAAUGGAACAAGUAGUUUAUUAUGUACAAAAGAUGGAUGGUAUCCGAAAAGAGAUGAGAUGGGAAGUUGUAUUAAUCCAGAACCAAAGAAGCCUCUUCAACUUGUCGUUGCUUCUGACGUCAUCAGUCAAUCUUCCUGCUCUGUUCCUGCUGUGACUCAAAAUGGAAACAUAGUCUACUCUGCCAAUGUGGCCACAUCUACAUCAAAAACUUCUGUUCCAUCUGCAACUAGAGCUACAGUACUAUGCUCUCUGGGAUUCGUGCCAACAACUUCUGUGACAUCAUCAAAAUGUGUUGACGGAGAGUGGCAGCCUGCACUUCCAACGUGUUUGUCGCUUCUUGAUUUGAAAUGUCCAAUUCUUUCGGCUCCGAGAAAUGGAGAGCUGGUCUUCACUAAUUCUCCGAAACCUCCAUACAGUCUCGACUCUACCGUUUCUUUAAAAUGUGAUCGUAACUUUUUUGGAAUGGGAAAUCUAACAGCAACAUGUACUUCAACUGGAUGGGAUCAAAAAAUUGGAAGAUGUGAACCGGUCUCCACCGGUACUCCAUGUACCGCAAUUGUCAAUCCAGCCAACGGAAACCUCCUCUACAUGCAAGCAAAUCCAUCUCAAGAAUACUCAUCUGGAACAUCGGUGUAUUUGAUGUGUAAUCUGGGAUUCUCUUUGUCUGGAUCUGUUUCUUCAUUGUGUUCCAAUGGAGUUUGGACGCCAAGUAUCGGGCAAUGCACAAGUGCACUCUCUCUGGGACAAAUAACUGGAAGCUGCGAAGCAAUUCCAGCUCGUACGAACGGAACAAUCACCUAUAGUUCAUUGGGAACAUACAGUUCCGGAACCAUUGCAACAUUGACCUGCAACCUAAUGAAUACUGUAUCUGGGUCCACAACAAGUACAUGUUUGAGUGGAAUUUGGAACCCUACACUUGGAAACUGUAUUUCAUCUGGAACUGGAGUGGGAGGAGUUGGAACAGGAACAACUUGUCCAAACCCAACUGUCUUGAAUGGACAGAUUACUUACAGUCAAGGAAAUACUUUUGACACUACUCGCCCUGCCAUGACCACUGCUACACUGACUUGUAAUAGUGGAUACACUUUAACAGGAACAUCCAUUUCCACAUGUAUCAGUGGAACAUUCACUCCAUCACUCGGCACUUGCACAUUCGGAACAUCUGGAAGUGUUGGAAAUACUUGUAGUAGUCCAUUCAUUAUUAAUGGACAAGUCACGUUUAGUCAAGGAAACACCUAUGAUCUCACUCGUCCAUCAGGAACAACUGCCACUCUGACAUGUAACAGCGGCUAUACUGUCAGUGGAACAGCUUCAUCCACGUGUACAAAUGGAGUAUUCAAUCCGACACUUGGAACUUGUAAUAUGGGAACUGGAGGUGGAAUUGGAACUGGAACAACUUGUCCAAACCCAACUGUCUUGAACGGACAGAUUACAUACAGUCAAGGAAAUACUUUUGACACCACUCGGCCAAUCAUGACUGUUGCCACUUUGAGGUGUAACACGGGAUAUACUGUAACAGGAACAUCCACAUCCACAUGUAUCAGUGGAACAUUCACUCCAUCACUCGGCACUUGCACAUUCGGAACAUCUGGAAGUGUUGGAAACACUUGUAGUAGUCCAUUCAUUAUUAAUGGGCAAGUCACGUUUAGUCAAGGAAAUACUUAUGAUCUCACUCGUCCAUCAGGAACAACUGCCACUCUGACAUGUAACAGCGGCUAUACUGUCAGUGGAACAGCUUCAUCUACGUGUACAAAUGGAGUAUUCAAUCCGACACUUGGAACUUGUAAUAUGGGAACUGGAGGUGGAAUUGGAACUGGAACAACUUGCCCAAAUCCAACUGUAUUAAAUGGACAGAUUACGUACAGUCAAGGAAAUACUUUUGACACCACUCGCCCUGCCAUGACCACCGCUACACUGACUUGUAAUAGUGGAUACACUUUAACAGGAACAUCCAUUUCCACAUGUAUCAGUGGAACAUUCACUCCAUCUCUCGGCACUUGCACAUUCGGAACAUCUGGAAGUGUUGGAAACACUUGUAGUAGUCCAUUCAUUAUUAAUGGACAAGUCACGUUUAGUCAAGGAAACACCUAUGAUCUCACUCGUCCAUCAGGAACAACUGCCACUCUGACGUGCAACAGCGGGUAUACUGUCAGUGGAACAGCUUCAUCAACGUGUACAAAUGGAGUAUUCACGCCAACACUUGGAACAUGCAAUAUGGGAACUGGAACAGGAAUCGGUACUGGAAUACAAUGUACUGCUAUGAUUGCACCAUUGGGAGGAUCGGUGACCUACUCGAAUGGAGGAUCAAUGGGACCAUUCCCAAGUGGAACUACUGUAACAGGAACAUGCACAAAUGGAGGAGCAAUUACAGGUUCUGCAACUGCUUCAUGUUCCAAUGGAAUGUGGACUCCUACUUUUUUGGGUACCUGCUCUCUCAUCGGUGGUUCAACAACGGGUCAAUGUAGUGCAUUAACUGUUCCAUCUGGAGCUCAAGCAACAUAUUCUCCGUUCUCUUUGAGUACAACUAGUUUUACAUCUGGAACCGUUGCCACUGUUUCGUGUACUUCUGGCGGAUCAAUGCUCGGAACUUCCACAUGUACAAAUGGAUUAUGGAGCCCAAUGAUUACAGGAACAUGCUCUGGAACAGGAACCGGAAACACGUGCACCACACUCACUCGCCCCGUCGGUGAAACUGUAACAUACGACGGUCAAACUUCCUUCGCCACCUCCUUCAACUCCGGAGUGAUUGCACGUGUCACAUGCACCAAUGGAACUCAAAUCGGUCAAUCCACGUGUCUUUCCGGACAAUGGACACCAGCAAUCACUGCAACUUGUUCAGGAUCAAGUACUGCAAUUGGAACACAAUGUAUUGGAGCAAUUGCUCCAGCUAAUUCUCAAAUCACCUAUAGUGAUGGAAGUAUGGUGUUACACUCGGCUGGUACAACUGCCACAUUGACUUGUAUCAACUCGGCAACGAUCAGUGGAAACAGUUUUGCCACGUGUUCAAACGGAGUGUGGACACCAACACUUGGAAGUUGUACCUCCUCUGGAACAAAUACCGGACCAUGCUAUACGCCACCAUUGACACCAACUGGAGCUACAUUGACUUAUUCAUCUGGAUUCUUUGCGCCAUGGACUGCAGGAAGUACUGCCACAAUGUCCUGUCCAGCCGGUCAAACAGCUAUUGGAACUACCAUAACUACCUGCAGUAAUGCUGCGUGGACACCUGCACUUGGAUCUUGUUCUGGAUCCGGAUCUUCUAUCGGCCAAGGAUGCACUCCUCUAUCGGCAUUCAGUGGAACUCUCACGAACGGUCGGAUGUCUUACACACCAACAAUAACAGCCACUAUUCCCAUCGGAACUGUUGUUAAUAUUGUCUGUUAUACUGGAUAUUCACUAUCAGGCAAUUCAAUUGCCACGUGUACAUCAGCUGGAUGGUCACCUAGUAGUGUUGGAAGUUGUGUACAACAGGGCACCUCAUCACUAACUUCUAACCAAGCAACGUGUUUCGCCAUGUCCGCCCCGACCUACAGUACACUAUCGUAUAGUAUCGCCGGUCUUGGACCAUAUCCUACUGGCACAACCGUAACGCUUCAAUGUGAUACUAACUACGCCGUCAUGUCGGGCGGCGUCACCACUGCCACGUGUUACAAUGGAAUAUGGUCACCGUCGAGUCUUGCCACGUGUCAGAGAGCACUCAAAGAAGUUCUCGGAGCAUCUUGCCCUGCAGGAAUCCCAGCUGUACUAGGAGCAAGAAUGACAUACUCAAAUGGAGAACCUUUUGGACCUUAUCCAUCAGCUACAGUAGUAACUGCUACUUGUCAAGUUGGAUACGUACCAACAGGAAUAAUGGCAUCAACUUGCUCGAAUGGAAUCUGGACUCCCGCAUCACUUGGUUUGUGUGAAUUGACUGGAAACGAAAUAGGAGGAACAUCCUGUGGCCGAUUGGGUGACCCACUGGGAGGAACUCUUGUGUAUAGUGCACUUGGAUUGGGACCAUAUCCAACUGGAACAUCUGCAACUGUUCUCUGUAAUAUUGGAACAACUCUUUCCGGAUCUCCGACUGCUUUAUGUUCUAAUGGUGUCUGGAAUCCGUUACCUGGUACUUGUGUCUCUGUUCUGUUGAGAAAAGGACCAGCUAAAGGCGUUCCAAAAGGAGCACCAGAGAAAUUGGUAGUGGGACAGAAUGUGACAGCUGCAGAUGAUGUUCCAGACGAUUCGAAGAAUGUCACUGCUGCCCCCACUGGUCUGAUGUUGUCAGGAGAAAAGUGUCCACCACCAAUUGCUCCAGCAUUCGGAGAGAUUACUUAUUCUGGUUUCUCAUCAAAAGGAACAUUUGACGAUGGAACAACCGCUGCCCUGAGAUGUAAUCUGGGAUAUAAACCGACUGGAGCCUCAUUCUCCACGUGUCGAAAAGGAUCAUUCCGUCCGAUUCUUGGAAAAUGUGCAAACGGUUUGGAAGGCUCUCUUCCAGGUAUUUGUGUUCCAUUAAGCCCACCGAAGAAUGCACGUGUUGUGUACAUUCAAAGUGGAUCUUCUCUGGAUUUUGAAGAUGGAACAACGGGGUUACUGUAUUGUGAGGAAGGAUAUGCAGUUACUGGAAUUGCCACCUUGCAAUGUCAAAAUGGACAAUGGGAACCACAAAGUGGAUUCGGAAUGUGUGAUUCUAUUUAA